AGAUUAAAAUGUUGACAAUUAUUUUUUGUGUUUUAAGUAUUCCGUCUGUAUUCACCAGUGAAUGUGAGUUUACCCAGGAUUGUUAUAAAACACAGGAAUGCCAGUCUAUUCAGGAUGCUGGUUGUUCCUGCAGGUUUGGAAAGUGCAUCAUUUCCGGACAUAAAAUUUUUGGAGACUUUACUCCAGAAUGUAAGGUCUUUACAGACUGUAAAUGUAGCAAGACGCCAGAAACUUGUUUCUGCAAUCAAGGAACAUGUGUAUCUGAUCCCAAGGAAAAAUGGGAGUGCCACGACACUAACAGUACUGAAUGUAGUGCCAUGAAAAAGUGCUCUGGGGACAAAAAAUGUACUUGCAGAGGUAAUCUUUGUGAGCAUGAAUGUAACACUGUUGAAGACUGUAUAAAGGGUGAAGCUUUAUGUUCCAAAAGUGUUGGUUAUAAAUGCGAGUGUAAAGAAAAUCUUUGUGAUUUUGUGGAAUUACCAAAACAAUGUGAUGACCUUUUAGACUGUAUAAAACUUGGAAAAUGUACUGCAAAUGCUCCCUGUUCUUGCACUGUAAAUCAAUGCACUGAUCCUUGGUAUUUUGAUCAAAAAUGGAAAAAUAAUCAUCCAACCAAGAACUGCCAAAGUGCAGAGGACUGCAACUAUUUCAUUGCCAACUGUCAGAAUGAUAAAUGUACAUGUGAGAAAAUGGUGAAGGUUGAUAAGUAUGAGUCCUGGGGAGAGUGCACACCUAAAAGAGGAUAUAAGAAUUGAUUGACUUGAUAGAAUAACAUUAGAAUUAGAUUUUGAAUAAAGUUUCAAUAUAAAUCUAAUCUUAACUUUUUUCAAAGUUUAAGAAUAUUCAA